AUGUCUUAUCUUGAAAUAAUCAGAGGUGUGAAUAGAAAUAGGAUUUAUUGCGUUCAGGCGAUUAGAUAUAGAAUCGUAGUUGUGCUAUGGUCUUUAGUGUUAGUGUUAGUGUUAGGUAGUGUUAGAGGGGGGUGUGGUGAUGGUAUGUGUGAUAGUAAAGUAGGCGGUGUUAGUGAUGUUGAUGUGCAGGAAAUAACAGCUCCGGAGGGUUGGGAAAAAUCACCGAAGAUGACUGAAGACCUAAAGGCACUUGAGUUUUUGUUUCGGCAUGAAGAGAGUAUCGUCUAUGUUAAGAAGCACAUAACUGAAGAAGUAGCAGCGGAUGCCUCGGACUCAACUGUAAGUUCCAGACCAACCAACUCCACCGAAAACAUUGACAAGUAUAUGGUGUUGUGGCCAGAGCCCGAGUUGAAAUUCACAAUGCCUAAAGCUGGGGAAGUAGACGAAUUGCAGGAGGUUUUGAAUACAUUGGAGCAUAUUGUUGUUAUCAAAGCCGAAAAGGCGGUGUUUAUCUAUAACGUAGAGCAUGUCAAGAGGUCAACCCACAGAUCCGAAGCUAUAUCUCGAAUUAUCAACAUGCUAGAGUGUAAGGAGCUGGAACUUAGAAUAGAAGAGUAUGACAUAGUGAGAUAUUCGCAUUGGGUUAGUAUAGUAGAUUGUGGUUUGACCCAAUUACAGGAAACAAUCGAUUAUGCUGCUUCGAAUCCAAAUCGCAAUCUCACAAUUAACGUCUGUUGUUUGAACCCAUCUAGGGUAGAUCUUAUUGGGUUAAAGUUGUCCCAGCGGAGGCUAGUUGCCAAACUCACUCUGAUAGUGACAGUAAUCCAAGAUCGAAAACGUCUUCUAACAUAUCACCUAUACCAUGUCCCACCGAGCCAUGCACGUAAUGUUGAGGCCAGCACCAAUAUUAAUUUCACAGCUCUCCACAAUCAAGAAAUCCAAUGCCAAAAGAUUGUUAUUGAUAAUGAAUUGAGAUACUUAACAUUAACUGGUCUUGAGGAUGCUACUCAAGACAUUCAUUCCGAAAUAGCUCUAGAGCUGUGUUGGGAGACUCUUCUCUGUCUUAUUAGGCGCAAUAAUCCUGUCAUUAAUGUUCAUACUAUUAUAGCUCUUAGUCCCGCAUCUACUACGGAACUAUUUCAACCACAUCUUCUUCAAGACCAACCACUCUCUACUCCCCAAAUCAUUGCCACUAAAAUAACUACCCAAACCAGCAUCGAGGGAUGUUGGUGUCUUGAAAACACGUAUAACCAAUACUACAGCCCCGAAGUAUAUGCCAAAUAUGGUAUAUCUGUUGACGAGAGCACAAUUGAGUAUACGAAAAGACAAGAUGGUUUGUUAGAUACGUUAAAGAUCCUUGAAAAGAAUCUAUAUGUAGAUUGUAAGAAGUCGAUAGAACAUGUGAUCGCAAAUGGGAUCAAAUGCCCUGCUGAGGAUUGCAGCAAUAACAAAUUGGAACUUCAAGAACCAGUUGAUAUCAACCUUAAACACAUAUAUGAUGAUGGUGGUUCUGAAUUUAACAAUUAUGAUAUUGACAUCAACAUCGAUCCAGAUAUUCUUUUCUGUCAGAACAUACACUAUACAGACAUCAACAUUAACGGAUUUCAAGCGUAUAACAAUAGCAAGGCCUGUCUACCCCUUUUAAAGCUAUUCGGCAAUAUUACUGCUCGCACACUUAGAAUCUCGAAUGUUCAUUUUAAUAUAUUCCACACCUUUGAUCUAUCUACGAUAGAAGAAGAUAACGCACCCCCUGAAAUCUUCCGACGCCGUCUUGAUCUCAAGGUCUUAAUGCUAGACGAUGUUUGUAAUGACCUUAUUUACUGGAUCCUAAACAACUACACAUUUGCCGAUUCUAUGGAAUUGCAUAUCCUGAACCAAGACUACAGUAAUCUUAAUAUUGUCCGAAUUAUCUCCCACCCUACAUGCCGGAAGAUCUCUAAACUUGUGCUCAAUGACUUUAUUGGAUUAAAGGAGGUGAAGUUAUACGAGAAGUAUAAGAAAGAGGAUAGACUCACUGAACUCUCAUUAUUCAAUUACAUAGAAGCAAUGAAAGCCAAAGACAAAACCACCACGGAUCUUGGUCUUAACAAACUGAUGUUGCAACUGGAAGGUGUUGAUUGCAAUAAGUAUGCUGAAAUCUUAACUGAGUUUAAGAAUAUUGGUAUUCAAUGCGAGGAGAUUCCUUUUGCGGUUGUUGUUGAUCGUCAAAUAGCGAAUUACAACUCUUAUAUAAGGGCGGCCACCUAUGCUGUUUUGAGAAAUUCCAACAAAUCAUUUGAUAAGGAGCUGGUACUCAGAAACAUUAAUCUACAAGACUUAGAAGCGGAUCUUGCCAGUCGAUGCACC